AUGAUAAUAUCGAUUUUAUUAACAACUAUUGGUGUAAUAUUUGUUGCUCAACCAAGUUUUUUAUUUAGUAAAAUAUCAAAUACAAAUGAAAAUAAUAUAUCAAAUGAUUAUUAUCAACGUCUAAUAGGUAUAUUUAUUGCAUUAUAUGCUGCAAUAGCAAUGGCUAUAACGGUAAUAUCAAAUAAACAUUUAUUAUCAAAAUAUAAAACAAAACAAAGUUUAAUAAUGUUUUUAUUUGCAUUUGUAACAUUAUGGAUGUUUGUUGCUAAUGUCUUUUAUAAAUAUAAUUUUUUUAUUGAUACAAUUCAAUCAUUUAAAAAUGACUUUUUUAAUUGGAGAUAUUUAGUUGCGUCAUCAAUUUGUUUAUUACAAAUAUUUGCAUAUUUGUUAGUACAGAAAGGAAUUAAAUGUGAACAUCCAGCGAUAUUUACAAUACUUCAAUCUAGUAGUAUUUUAUUUUCCAUUAUAUUACAAAAUAUUUUUUCAUCAGUAAAAUCAAAUUUAUUAUCAUUACUUGGCUCGAUGUUUGUUUUAACAAGUAUAUUAAUAAUAACUGGAUUUAAAUUUUUUGAUGAAAAACAAGACAAAAAAAAAUCAGAACAGCUAGGCUCUACUGAAUAA